ACAAACAGACUAAUAAACUGUUGGAAACACAGACUUAUGCUGCGUUCAGGGCCACUUCAGAACUCAGAAAUUUCCAGCUUCCUCUUUGUAGAUUAGAGUAGUAAAAACACCACCUUCCUGCAAUCUGCCCUGAAGUGUCUCAUCGAUAAAACCCUUGGACCCGCUCCGAUGCCUCUUCAACCCUGUGUAUGCAGCGACUGCUUGCAUUCUGCAGCACAACGGAGCACAUGUGCUGUAAUCUCCUGCGUAAACGCCUGAAUAUUUGGCCUGCUGCUGUCCACCCCGGCCCCCGGAGCAGCUGCAGUUUGCUCCCAAACAGCGAGCGCAGAUCAUUAUUUCUACAAACAUCCACCUCUCACACAAUGUUCCUCCAAAGGCCUCACAGCCGCUGAGAUGAGCGCUUCUGUUUGCGGAUGUCUCUGAUCAGCUACAAUGAGCAUCAAAGUCUCUGGAAUACCAGAUUCCUGCGUCCGGCGCUGGGUUUUAAAGAAUGUGGAGAUUGCCUUUAAUGAAGCCAAGCCGUGGCUCCACUAAUUAGUCGAGUCCGAUAAUGGCUGGAAUCUGCCGUUGGACAAAGCAGCCAAACACCUGAUGGCUUCCAGUCAUGUUCUCUCUUCAUGGGAAAAACAUGCCCACAGCUUGUUUUGCUGACUGGGAAAUUCCCAAUUAGGAGGGACAGCGGAGGAAACCUCACUCCUCAGCAGUUUGGUGUUCGGUGAAAUACAGUUCAUAUCGUUGUUAAUCACUUCGAGUGUCUUUAUAUGAAAACAGAUUUAAUGGAGCUACAGUGUUUUACUGUGAUUAUUAAUCCGCUGAGGCUUCAUUCAUUAAUUUGUCACAGUUGCAGCUGAAUCUGCAGAUCGUGCGUGCGUGCGCGUGCGCCCUCGCCCCCUCUGCCCGGUCCGGGAUUUGCUGGCCGGUGGCAUGCCUCCCUCCGCCUGACUCCAUAUAGCCCCGCGGAGGCAGAAAUCCCGGACGAGUGGUACGGACAUCGCCGCCGGAGACGGAGCGUUUCCCCUUUAAACGCGGUCCCAUGACUGCAGCCUGGCUCAGACGCAGACGAGCGCUGGACCGAACCGGACACCGGCCGCAGAACUGGACCGGGGGACGGCGAAUGACGCAUCUCACCUGAAUGGUUGGCGCUAGUGGAGCACAGCGGGAGACAAGUGGAUCCUACAUCACCUGUCCACAGGCUCUCGCUUUCCCCCUGUGGACGUCUCCAGCUCUGAGGACAUGAGUCUCCUCCCAGUGGCCUCGCUCCUCGUGUGCCUCUGUCUGGUGGAGAGAAGCCACGGCGACGGCGGCCUUCAGCGGAGCAUGGAGGAGCUGCACGCCCGCCUGGCCGUGAGCCUGUACCGGACGCUGGCCGAGGGCGAGGGCCGCGCCGACCUCAUCGUGUCGCCGGCGAGCAUCUCGGCGGCGCUGGCGCUGCUGCAGCUGGGCGCCCGUGGCAGCACGCUGGCCCAGCUGGAGGGAACGCUGGGAUACAACGUGAACGAUGCGCUAGUACAAGGCUUCCUGUUGCACUCGCAGGGCGACCUGAGCAACAGCAGCCAGGGCGCGCGGCUGCAGCAGACGUGCACGCUGUUCGUGCAGAGCGGCGUGCAGCUCCUGGCGGACUUCACGCAGCGUGCAGCGUUCUGGGCCAACGCCAGCGUCGUCCGGGCCAACUUCAGCCGACCCAACCACACUCGCAGCCGGCAGGAGAGGCCAGGGCACAGUCACGGGGAGUCGGGGGCUCUUCAGUCUGGGAGCAGCAGCGGGGAGCUGUCUGGCUCGGGCGAGGCCCAGGCGGAGGCCCUGUGGUGGGGCCACCGGCCGCAGAUGGUCCUGGUCAACACGGUGAACUUCAGGGGCGUCUGGCAGAAGCAGUUCCUCUUCACCAACACCCAGAAUCUGCCCUUCACCCUCUCUGACGGCACCGCGGUCAAGGUGGCCAUGAUGUAUCAGGCCACAGAGGUCCGCUUUGGCCAGUUCCGGACCGCCUCGCACCAGCGCUACACCGUGCUGGAGCUGCCGUUCCUGGGCCGCUCGCUGAGCCUGCAGGUGGUGCUGCCCAGCGAGAGGAAGACGCCGCUGGCCUCCCUCGAGGCCCAGCUCAGCGCUCGCCAGCUGGCGUCCUGGGGCGCCGGCCUGCGCAGGACCCGCAUGGACGUGUUCCUGCCAAGGUUCAAAAUGCAGAACAAGUUCAACCUGAGGUCGGUUCUUCCCGCAGUGGGCAUCAGUGACGCCUUCAACCCAAGUGCCGCUGAUUUCAGUGGGAUGUCAGUGGAGGAAGGUCUUUAUGUGUCUGGAGCUUUCCAUGAAGUGAGCAUAGAAGUGACAGAAGACGGGACGAAGGCAGCUGCUUCUACAGCUAUGGUGCUUCUCAAACGAUCUCGCGCUCCGGUUUUCAAGGCGGAUCGGCCAUUUUUAUUUUUGCUACGACAGAUUAAGACAGGAUCCGUCCUGUUCAUGGGCCGAGUGAUGAAUCCAGCUUGAGAGUCAAACGCUCCAACCGGCGCCCACACAUUUCCAACCCACCUUUAUUUCACUACCUGUAUUUAUUUAUGGACCAGGAGGUUCCAGAGACACUUCAGGAAGAGGGACAAUAUUUUUGUACAAAUCUGUAAAUAAAAUUUUAAUACAUGUUUUUACACUC